AUGUCCGGCCUCGUUGCCCCGGAGACCCUGCCCCUGACCGACGACAUUCUCAAGUUUACCGAUCACGCCACUGCCCAUUUUUUGCCGCUCGCCGACCAUGAGCGACGAACGUGGAACGAUGAUACCGCUAUCAACCCGCGGAUUUGUUUGGCCUCAGUGUCACCACCCCGUCCGCUCCGCCACCAGAGCGCUCAAGCCAUCCUGGAUGCGCUUGACAGCCUCGACGCUUUCUUCCUCCCAGCUGCCUACGGCUCUCCUACAGCAUCCCAAUACUUUAGUUGCGCCAAACGAUUUUGCACCGCUCUCAAUCGACGUUCCUAA